AUGAUUUGCGAGAUUCAGCGAGACUUCUUACAAGGGGAUCAAGACAGCAACAUCGAUCGUGCAAUCGACAUGAUCGAUGCCCUAGCUGAAACCCUCGACGCUGGUGCCGAAUCUGAUCAGGAUAUUGGUCCUUUUAGGGUCUUUGGUCUCGAUACCUCCACUCGGAAAGGCCUGAUCGAUGACAAUGUCUUCCGUGCUGUAGCUACGGAAACAACAUCCUCGGCCGGCGGAGAAGGUCAAUGCUCACCCAAACCCAUGCAGGGCCAGUUGUUCUCCCUUGACAGCGGUCCUGAUGUUGAUCUUGAAGAGAUCACACUGCCCUGGCUAGCGGGUCUCGACGAUAUCACACUGACAUGGCUUGAUGGACCAAACGACAAUGCUGGUCCGAUAUCGACAGAUCAGUUCCUUAACCUAGGCUCAGAGAUCUCAACCCACCCCAUUCCAAGCUUCCCCGACCACCGGCAGUAUGCCCUAGCCGAAAUGACCCAUGCAUCUGCAGCCAUGAAUGUCACGUCACCGUUCUACGGUAGACAGACAUCGCCUGCAGUUCGUACGUUAGCUGAAGGCAUGUUGGUAUCCGGCACCCCGGGUCAGCCGCCUUGGGGCGGACAUUCGGGCUUGAACCGGAUCCCCAGGUCAUUAUCAAACUUGGAGAACAUCUCACGGAUACCAUCUGAGGCCCGGUUCCUGCUGGAAUACUACUCCACUGAGGUAGUGAACUUUAUGUGUCACUUGCCCAAUCCUCAAUCGCCAUGGAGGACUAUCCAUUUUCCAUGUGCGAUGAGCACCAUGGCGGACUUAUUGGUGUUCGGAAGCACCAACAAUGCUCGGAUGGCGCUUUUCUAUGCGCUACUCUCUAUCUCAGCAAACCAUCUUGGUUCAAAGAUCCCUUGGUCAGCGCAACUGGAGAGGCGCUCUCAGGACGCCGCAAGGGAAUCUGGAUCCAACGCCCCUCUGAACUCUAGUGACUCACGAGAAAUGACUAACUAUUGGCUGACCAAGGGAGCCACUUUUCAAAACAUGGCUACGGCGCAGAUACAGGCUUGUUUAGAGAUCCAACAGAACAGUUGCGAUGACCAAGAAGACUAUCGAGAGCUGCUGAUGAGUUUGUUGAGUAUGGUAACCAUCAGUGUGACCAGCGGAAAGCUUAACAACGCUCACAUCUACCUUCAACGAGCGAACAAACUGAUCGAGAUGUUCAUUUCCUGCUCGCGCGGCUCAUCCUUCAAGUCCAGCAAGAUUGCUGCACUCCAUCAAAUUUACUCGUAUCUGCAGAUCAUUUACACCAGUACGCAUGUGUCUAAACCGUUGGACACUCUAGAGCUGGAACGGUACGACCUUGGACGGGACAACCAUGAAGGGGGAGCACGGUUGUUUCCUGCACCCGUUAUCGGUCCGCUGGCCCUACCGAUUCUUCAGAAUGAUCUCGAUACACUUGCGCAGCAUAGGGACGAUUACCAACUUUUCGCCAAAAUAUACGGUGUACCCCGGUCUCUUCUGACACUCAUAUCUCGUGCUUCAGCACUUGCCAAGGAGCUGGAAGACGAGGAAGGUACAACAAGUAUCGGUUCUCCAAGCCAUUACAAUUUUGGAACACGAUGCCAACUCUUAGAAGACCAGAUCUGUAAUUGGCUGCCUGCGGACGACGAGAUGUCCCCAGCCCCAUCCUUGACCACCUACGAUCCGGAGGUUGGAUCGCACCUGGUUCAAGCAAUGCACGACGCUCUCAUUGUCAUGUUUUUCCGCAGAGUCAGACCGAUCAACCGGAUGGUUUUGCAACACUACGUAGAGAGUGCGGCCGAUCACCUCAACGAACAGGAAGAGGUCAAGGGUCGAACGGGGGUCAAUGCACCCGCUCUUCUUUGGCCAUGGUUCAUGGUCGCCUCGGAGGCAAUCCGGGACUCCGUCCGAGACAAGUUACGCUUGUGGUCGAGCCUUGCAAGACAAUAUGGCGGCCGACACCUGGAAAUAGCCGAGCAAGUAGUGACUGAGGUCUGGCGAAGGCAAGACCAGAAAUUACGGAACUCAACUUGGUGGGACGUGGUUCGCGAGUGGGAUGUCACUCUUGUUCUAACCUGA